AAAUAACCUCAUUCGUUUAAUCUGAAAUUAUUUCUGUCCCAACCUCACUUUGCUCUAUCUUAAUUCAAUUUUAAAUCUAGUUUUAUUAUUCGUUGUCAACGGAUUAGUGGUAUUUAUCUUGAUUCAUAGAUUCAAGUUCCCUCGAUCUCAUUUUUGCAUUUAUACUUGUUAUUAUGAAAACUGAAAGAUGAACAGCUUGGGUCUAAGCCUGAUAUUAAAAAUGGGAUGCAUCUGCACUAAGGAAACGAUAAUCGUUAACAACAGGAAAUAUACCGUUCGCGAACACCUAGGAGAAGGGGGAUUCAGUACUGUAUCUCUCGUAGAGGAUGCUGUCACGCAUGAAAAGUAUGCGAUUAAAAAAAUAGUCUGCCAUGGACCAGAGGACCAAAGAUUAGCAGUUAAGGAAGCUGAAUAUCAUUUGAUCGUAAAGCAUCCUAAUGUUAUUGAAUGUAUAGAUUCCACGCAUAAAGGAACCGCCGAUCCAAUUGUCAAUGCAACUAGCGAAGUGCUGCUUGUCCUACCUUAUUUUAGGAAAGGUACACUGGCAGCUGAAUUGGAAAGGCGAGCUAAGACUCAUAUGUACUUAAACCCACAUGACGUUUUAAAUAUUUUCCUUCACAUAUGCGAAGGUGUUAAAGCUUUCCAUGAAUCGAAACCAGAGCCUCUCGCACAUCGAGACUUAAAGACUGCCAACAUUUUGCUUGGAGAAGGAAUGACACCCGUUAUUAUGGAUCUAGGUUCUGUAACUCAGGCUCGGGUUAAAAUUUCCAGUGCACAUGCUGCGCAAUCGUUACAAGACUUAGCUGCAGAAAGGUGUUCCAUGCCUUACCGUGCACCAGAAUUAUUCAAUGUGGAGAGCUAUUGUAUUGUCGAUGAAAGAACAGACAUUUGGUCAUUGGGUUGCAUUCUGUAUGCCCUAUGUUACUUUAAAUCACCUUUUGAUACGGUUUACGAAAGGGGUGAUAGUGUUGCAUUAGCAGUUAUGAGUGCAAAUGUAACAUUUCCUGAAGAUGCACCUUAUGAUGAGGAUAUGCAGGAUUUGAUCUUGUCCAUGUUGAAAGUCAACCCAAUGGAACGACCAUAUAUUUACAGCGUAAUUGAAAGUAUUCACAGUGCAAUUGCCAAAUUGGAAGGCAAAGUAUGAAUUAAGGUCCAAGCAAUAAUCAAGAGAUUGAAAAUACUUGCACUGUACGAAGUCUGAUGUUUUCCAUCAGAUAAUCAUAACUCUUAAAAGAUCGAGUAUUACAAAUAGCCAGCAAAACUAACAGAGAAGGCAAUUAUAUUAAUGAAGCUUGUUGAUCGAUGCAAUAUUUUUAAUGUUUCACAAUGAAUGAAUCUUAUUGUACGUACUGAGAGUCAGAUUAAUAAUUAAUAGGGUUAAUGGUGGUAAACUUCCAGUGUAUCGCAGAUGCAUCAAAUAUUGAUCACAGAAUAAAUUACUCUUAAUUUUUUAUAAAUUAAACAUUUAUUUAUUUAAAGGGGAUUAAGGAACUUUUACUCUAAGAGACUAUACGUAGAAUCAUCGAAUGUAAAAUAAAUCUACUUUUGAAGAACCAAUACUUACACCGUCUAACGGUGUAUUUCUUAAGACUGUGUGAGGUAUGUCCAAAUGUAGGCCAUAUGAUACAUACGCUACAUUGAACAAUGUACAAUCAGUACACAAUGGUGUAAAUACAAAAAGUUAUUUUAUUACACAAUGAAAUGGAUGUUUCAUUCCUGUCUUUUCUUUAAUAGUUAAACCCUUUAAGAAAUUAUUUGGAACCUCUUAAAGCAGUGUCAUACACUGAAUCCUGUCUUAUAAAUAUUCUGUACACUAAUCAGAAAUUACAAGCCGUCACAAACAAGAUACAAAGCCAAGAAUAUUAACAAAGCAUAAUGAAUUUCAAAAACUAAACGAAUACUAUUAAAAAUCACUGACAUUAGCAAACAUGUAAA